AUGAACGCCAAUCACUUCCUUUCCUUUGUCAUCCUGGCCAUUCUCACCCUCCUGUCAGCGGCUUAUCCAUACGAGAUUCCGGCUAACUAUGUGGAGCAGCGAGAAGCCAAGAGGUUUCGCGGUGAGCCGAUCAGAUUCGGGGAGCGCUCGCCAAGGGAACCAAUCCGCUUCGGAAAGCGAACGCCCGCCGAGGAGCUCGAAGAUUUUCUUUAU